AACCAUCUGGUCGGAGCUGUCGUAUGCAUAUGGUGCCAUUCGUAUUUGUUAUCGUUGGUGUUACGCGGAUGGUGCUGUGGGUGCUGGUCUCGGUAUAGUCUCCUCCGCGGUGCGAAGCGCAAAAUGGGCAACCAGGUGGCACGCGUCGGGAACAUGUCGUACAGGAAGAUGGAAUCCGCGACCGGUAACGGGAAUCACGGCGCGAACGUCACUGCCUCCACUGCCGCCGACGUCGUCUCUAAGAGCGAACCGGACGAUCACACGCAGUUCUUCCCGAUCGACAGCCUCGCCAAGAUAUUGUCUCAUCUCACUUACCAAGAGGUACAUGUUAACGGCAUUACCAAGUCUGUAUUCGAAAAGUACUUAUUUCCUACUCAUCCUGAGCUAAGCGAGAAGCUCUUCACUUAUUUUCACCACAAUGCUCAUGCCACAACUGCAUACAUAAGUACAACAGCUUUCAAGCAGCAAUCGGAGAAAUUUUUGUCAGUACUGAACGACCAAGCUAUACUGGAGAAUUAUGUAAAGAUAUAUUCUGACCUAAAAAAUACUGGCAAUGUUACUCCUGAAUCGUUGCGAGCAUUAUUAACAUCUUGCUUCGAGCUAGCGAUGGAAAACAACAACACCAGUUCAUGCCCUCCUUCGCAACAGAUAUUAAAUGCAGUUGUCAUUUCAUGUUUUCAUGGCAAGACUAGCUUAUCUACGAGUUACGUGAGUAAUUGGAUCGGACAGCAUUGCCCACGCCUUGUGUACGGCCUACAGCGAUACAUAGUACACGUAUUAACAACUGCUUAUCGCAAUGGUAAAACGCUUUUAUCAAAAGAGCAGCCGCAAUCUUCUGUAGAUAUUAAAAAAGUCCGUGCCCUACCCGUAUUAGAAAAAUCCGAUCAGGAGUUCCUGCAAGUGGACUUGUUGCCAAUAAGCUACGUCUGGCUAUUGUCGUGUGCAUUACCACAGUGUUACUUCAAGACCAAGGAUGCACCGAAGGACAUAACUCACGCUUUGAUAGCCAAAAGAACAGGCACUAUUUGUCCAAAGCAUUGGACGUUACUGUACAAUAGCGGAGAGCAUGGGACCGGGGCUAAUCGCUUCCUUCACCAUGUGUUAGGUUACAGAGGACCCACUCUGCUAAUUAUAAGAGCUGCUAAUGUAGAGAGGAAUGCGGAAUGUCCAACGUAUUGUGUAUGCUCGGCCGUCGAGUGGCGAGAAAGUCAUCUCUAUUGGGGCGACGAAGAUUCAAUAGGCAUUCAACUGAUUCCGUCCUAUAAAAUCAUGGAGAAAGGUCCAAAAGUACUAUAUUUGAAUACGAAUAUUAGAGGUUAUCCACAUGGUUUACGAUUCGGUAGCGAUCCUCGUUCGCCGCUUAUCAGUAUCGACGAAUCAUUUCACUUCGUGACUAUUGCCGGCGCGCCUUAUAGCAUCGCCAGUUUAGAAGUUUGGGGUUGUGGCGAUACAAAACUAAGAGAGAAGCAAUUGGAGAUUAAGAAAUGGCAGGUGAAAGAAGCGGAGAAACAGAGGGUCGUCAAGUUAAGCGCGAGCGAUUGGUUGGACCAUCCUGAUCGUUACUUACUAGAGUUGGCUGGUAGAACUUCUUACAACGAAUCUAAUAAUUAGAGCCGCAAAAAAAUAAUGUGCGUGCUUAAAUAACUGCUCAUAUUAUUACUUUAUUAUUUUACUUUGUAAAUAUGUAUAUAGCGUCAAAGAUAUCAAGAAUUUCUGUACUUAUGUGAUGUACGAAGAACGUACGUAUGAGAUGUGAUUACGUGACUUACGUGAAAUACAGGGACUUAUGCUUGACGUACUU